AGGCAUUUAUUUUGAAAGUUGGUGCAGCAGGCGGCCAUCACGCUGGUGUCGCUAUUUUCAACUGCCUCACCAGCUAAAGACGCACUCAUCACGUCUAUAAUCGCAACACAAGAUUGUAGUCUUGGUUUCCCAGCCUCGAUUCCUUACUGAUGAGGGACUUUCGGCCCGACUGACACAGGGAGAUGGGGGUACUCAAUAUUUCAGACCAGCCGCCUCUGGUCCAGGCCAUAUUUAACCGAAAUACUGAUGAAGUGAAGUUAUUUUUGCACAAGAAAGAUGAAGUCAAUGCACUGGACCAAGAGCGCCGCACACCUCUUCAUGCUGCUGCCUGGCUGGGGGACGUUCAUAUAAUGGAUCUUCUCAUCAGUGCAGGUGCGAAUGUCAAUGCAAAGGACCAUGUGUGGCUAACACCACUGCACAGAGCGGCUGCUUCCAGAAAUGAGAGGGCUGUGGGGCUGCUGCUGAGGAAGGGAGCUGACGUGACCGUACGGGAUAAGUUCUGGCAGACACCACUGCACAUUGCGGCAGCCAACCGAGCCACGCGUUGUGUCGAGACCCUGCUGCCCCAUGUGACCAGCAUGAAUAUGGCUGACCGUACGGGCAGAUCGCCCCUGCAUCAUGCUGCUCAGAGUGGAUACCAGGAGAUGGUUAAAUUGCUGCUGAACAAGGGAGCAAAUCUGAGUGCCAGUGACAAGAAGGACAGGCAGCCCAUUCAUUGGGCAGCUUACCUUGGACAUCUGGAGGUGGUUAAGCUGCUGGUGUCUCAGGGCUCGGAUAAGAGCUGUAAGGAUAAGCGGGGAUACACCCCUCUCCACGCUGCUGCUGCCAGUGGCCACGUCGAUGUGGUCAAGUACCUGUUACGCAAUGGAGCCGAGAUUGAUGAGCCUAAUGCCUUUGGAAACACUGCUCUCCAUGUGGCUUGCUACACGGGGCAGGAAGCCGUAGCCAACGAGCUGGUGAACCGUGGGGCCAAUGUCAACCAGCCCAACCACCGUGGCUACACGCCCUUGCACCUGGCUGCCGUGUCCACCAAUGGGGCUCUUUGCCUGGAACUCCUGGUCAACAAUGGUGCUGAUGUCAACAUGCAGAGCAAAGAAGGGAAAAGCCCUUUGCACAUGGCAGCCAUUCAUGGACGUUUCACUCGCUCUCAGAUCCUCAUUCAAAACGGUGGGGAGAUAGAUUGUGUGGACAGAUAUGGCAAUACUCCUCUUCAUGUUGCUGCUAAGUAUGGCCAUGAGCUGCUUAUCAGCACCUUGAUGACAAACGGUGCUGACACAGCCAGACAAGGGAUUCAUGGGAUGUUUCCUCUACACUUAGCUGUGCUCUACGGGUCCUCUGACUGUUGUCGUAAGCUACUUUCCUCAGGUCAGCUCUACAGCAUUGUGUUGUCAAUGAGUAAAGAACACGUGCUCUCGGCCGGAUUUGACAUCAACACCCCAGACAAUUUUGGGAGGACCUGUCUACACGCUGCUGCCUCUGGAGGAAAUAUUGAAUGUCUCAACCUGCUCUUAAGCAGUGGAGCUGACAUGAAUAAGAAGGACAAGUUUGGAAGGACUCCUUUGCACUAUGCGGCUGCUAACGGGAGGUAUCAGUGUGUGGUCGUACUGGUUGGAGCCGGGGCAGAGGUCAACGAACGCGACCGCUCUGGCUGUACACCUCUACACUACUCGGCUGCAUCGACUGCAUUCUGCAGAACGGACCGGCCCCAUGCCAGCACCCAUCAGAACCAAGAGGAUGGGGAGAAGGAAUCCUUCCUGUGUGUGGAGCAUUUGUUGGAUAACGGUGCUGAUCCAUCUCUGUGCAACACUAAAGGAUACAGUGCUGUGCAUUACGCUGCGGCCCACGGCAACAAACAAAACCUGGAGCUGCUUUUGGAGAUGUGCUUCAACACAAUUGGAGACAAGGAAAGCAAUGGGUCCGUCAGCCCACUACACUUGGCGGUGGAGUCAGGUCACUGGGAAUGCGUCACAGUGUUAAUUGAGUCUGGAGCGUGUGUGGAUGCAUGUGACCCGGUGGGGCGCUCUGUGCUGUAUGUGGCCUCUCAAAGAGGACACGCCCGCUGCGUAGAGCUCCUGCUCGGCCAGUCAGCAUCUUGCCUGCUCACAGAACACUGCAGCAAAUGGGGCCCUCUUCAUGUUGCAGCUGCCAACGGCCACUCAGAAUGUCUGCGGAUGCUGCUCUGUAGUGAGGGAGGAGCCGACCUUGUUAAUGUUACAGAAGUGGAGGGACAAACUCCACUAAUGCUGGCAGUGCUGGGGGGACACACUGACUGCGUGCAUCUGCUGCUGGAGAGAGGAGCUUGCCCUGAUAUGCGAGACAGGAGAGGAAGAACAGCCUUACACAGAGGGGCGGUGAUGGGUCGGGAGGACUGUAUAACCGCCCUGCUGUCCCACAACGUCUCAGUCCUUAGCAGAGAUUUUCAGGGGCGAACCGCGGUCCAUCUGGCUGCCUCUUGCGGCCAUGCUGACAUUCUCUCCAAUCUUCUUUCUGCUGCUGACCACUCCCAUCCCCACGACCCAAUCACAGACCGCCACGGCUACACACCCGCACACUGGGCAGCCUAUCACGGUCAUGAAGACUGUUUGGACGUUUUACUUGAACUUAAACCAUGUAGUAUCCAGGAGGGAAACCCCUUCACCCCACUGCACUGUGCUCUCAUUAAUGGCCAUAGUGGUUCUGCUGAGCUGCUGUUGGAAUCCAGUGGUUGUAAUUCGCUGGUAAACAUCAGGGAUGCCAAAGGAAGGACCCCGCUUCACGCGGCCGCAGUUGCCGAGGACGUGGCUGGGCUGCAGCUGGUUCUGCGGCACGGAGCUGACAUCAACGCCGUGGACCACUCAGGGCGUUCUGCACUGAUGGUGGCUGCCGAUAAUGGCCAAAGCGGUGCAGUAGCCCUGCUGCUGCACAGAGCCAAAGCUGACCUGUCCCUCCUGGAUGUGAACAAGAACACUGCCCUGCACCUGGCCUGCAGCAAGGCUCAUGAAAUGUGUGCCAUGCUGAUCUUGAAGGAGAUCCACAACCCUAUCCUCAUAAAUGCAACCAACAGUAUGCUUCAGAUGCCCCUCCACAUUGCCGCCAGGAAUGGUUUGGCCACCGUGGUUCAGGCCUUGCUGAAUCGUGGAGCCACAGUGCUAGCAGUGGAUGAGGAAGGUCAUACGCCAGCCCUGGCUUGCGCAUCCAAUAAAGCUGUUGCCGACUGCCUAGCUCUCAUUCUGUCAACCAUGAAGCCUUCCUCAUCCACACCUUCCUCAUCCUCGCCCUCUUCUCCCAGCCUCAACCUGCUCAAGCACUGUGGCAUCACAGCCGCCUGCCCCCCCCUGCCCAAUGGAGGCCUUCGCCAUGGUUACGGCAAAGAUCGCCAUGGUGCUACCAUCGGCUUGGAUGGCUGCUUGACCGAGUGAGGCGUUCUUACUUGUUAAAAAAAAAAAAAAAAAAGCGUGUGGUCGCUUGAUUUGGUCCUCUCUACACACCUAGAUAAACCUAUAUGCAAUUACAGCCACACAUCCCUCCUGUGCCAGUAUCAAAGCUUUUCUUUACAUCUCAGUAGAGAGCGAACACGAGAGGACAAAUUUAGCUAUUUAUUUCUAUUUAUUUUCCCCCACUUUCCUUUUCCUCCCACCCCCUGACUCCCAUCUUAGAUGCUGUCCAUUCAAUAUGAGUCUAAGUCUAAAAUCUGAAUCUAAGCCAUCUAUUCGAACCAGUAUCCAUCACUGGCGAGUCAGUCCUUUAUUUCUUCAUUGCAGUCGAUUUGACUUGGUUUAUGUUAGAAUUAUGCAGCUGUGUGUCUCCAUGGUAACAGUGAUAAUGGAUGGGUUUCCAUAUCAUGCCUCCUAUUUGCGUGACGCUGUGGCCUUGCAUAGGAAUUUACAGCCUGCCCUGAGGAACAAUUUAAACGGGUUACACUAGAUUUGCAUGAAUUUGCGGGACCAUGUAUUUGAUAGUGGUCUUGUGUGUGUGUGUGUGUGUGUGUGUGUGUGUGUGUGUGUGUGUGUGUGUGUGUGUGUGUUUGUGUGAGUGCGUGCGCGUGUAUGUGUGACAUCCACUUUUGCGCAACAGUCCAAGUUUUUCAUCCCAUACUUGAUUCUUACUUUUUGAGGUUUUUAUGUGAGGUGCAAUCUGAAUUAGCACAGAUCAGGAAAAAAAAAAACAACCUAACGGAAUCAUUUCGACAGAAGGGAAACCAUACUACCUUAAGCCAAAAGACCAAUGACCUCCUGGUAGAGGGGUCCGAUAUAAUAUAAAUGCAUGUUUACUGUUAGAGAGAAAAGGGAUAGUGUUUGGUUGGGUUUUGAGCUGGAAAAUUCAUAUUAGGUUUACAAUGAAGGUAAUAGGUAGUUCAGAUCACUGUUUGUAGGUGGGCAGAAGAAAGAGGAGUUUAAAGUGUCAUGAUUUUGGGCGUUUAAAACAUUAUGAAGAUACUACACUAAGGAAGUAUAGAAAGCACAAAUGUCAUUACUGAUGCAAACGUCAUACACAGUACUUGCUCCUUGGAACCUUCUGUUUUAUUUUGGUUUGCUUUGGGUUGGCAGGGCCUCGUACAAUAUCUUCAAUUAAAUCUAUUGCUUUGCUAGUUUAUCAUUAUAAUAUUUAAUGUGGAGUUGCUUUCACAGUGCCUACUGAUUUCAUUUUGUCUACCUAGGGUCCAAUUAGUUAAACACACCAUAUGCGCUCCCCGAAGUUUUCGAAAUGGUGCUUUGACCAGUGAAACAUGAGUUAAGUGUUUCACUAUAAUCCGUUAUGAAAUGAUUACCUAAAUAGAUGAAUGAACGAUUCAUAUAUCAGAACCCACUUUGGGGAGUGUAUAUGUCGAAUUUGCAAAAAUUAAGUGUUGAGGCUGAUUGGACCUUUUUACAUUUGUUUAUGGUGUUGGGGAGCAGUCAUGGGUAUGACCAAAGUUGUGCGAUUUCUAAAUAGCAUUUUAUUAGGAACUUGUAGAUAUAUAUAAAAAAAAAAAAGACAUUAUCUUUUCAAUUAAAAUACUGAAAUAAUAUUCACCCCUCCUCUUUAUAAAAUGCUUCCUUAUUGCCAAAGGUAGAUUAACAAAGUUAAGAUUGUGCUUCCUUUAGGUUUUUGCACCUAAACACAAAAUAAGAACAUGUGAAUGAGUGUUAGAAACAUCCCUUUUUUUUGUUUGUGCACCACAAACAGGCAAUAUAUGCUCAGUCAGUAAUGAGACAAUCAGUUGAAAGGGCUUUUAAUUUUGCCAUAGAUUUUGUUUUUCCUAAACAAGCAAAAGCAUCAACAUUUUUUAACAAUUAGGAAGAUCUAUACCCCUUAAUUCAGUGAACUAAUGCAUACUUCAGGCUUGAAAUGUGGACUUGUUCUCAAUUAUACCAAUACUAUUACUUUUCAUUACAGUAUAUCAGGAUUUUAGCGAUGUAGAUAGAGUAGUAUUGUAACUGAUAUUUUAUUGAUGAAUGAAGGCGCGUAGAAAAAUGAAACUGUAACGUUAGAUGUUUAAAGGCUGUGUGGAGAGCAUAUUUAUACUGAUGAAAUGACCUCUUCGUCGAUGUAAUAAGUUUUGGCUGCUUAAACAAGUUUCUCCACUUCACGCUGGCCUGAUAUAAAGCACUUGCUUGUUCGGUAACAAAAAAAGAUUGGAAAAAAAAAAAAAGCUUUUGCAUCUAUCACAAGCUGUAAAUGGGCAAAUAUCUGACCUCCUCUUGCAAGAGUACAAACGUGCAUGCGUGCAAAUCAGAUUAGUCAAGUUAUAUCAGUGUUUUGCCUGGGAAAUAUUUCUAAAUUGGCUACAUGACUAAGAGGAAGUUCCUUUUGUGGGAGUUUAUUUCAAGCUUAUUUACCUGUACUUGAUCUUGACUUUAUCACGUACACUAACUUUUGCUGCAGUUUGGUGGAGGGGAAGUAAUGCGUGUACAGACAGCACAGGGUACGAUAAUGAAGUGCAAGUUGAUGAUGAGCUUGAAGUUAUUUGCACUGCCAGUUUAUACUGCUUGUAGUUGUAGAAAAACAAAUGAUUAUUUAUAAAUUUAGUCUAGCUAGUCAUACCACAUGUAGUUGAGUUUGAAAAACAAGUGCCCGUGGAGCCUGUGAUUAGUAAUACAUUUCAUUUGGUGCAGGAAAAAGUGCUGCUUUCAAUUGUAUCUUGGAGCUAAUUUUUUUUUAGAGGUGAUCUUUGUCUAUUUAUUAGCGAUAAUAAUUCUUAUCCAGCCAAAACCAACUAAAACAUAUUUGUUUUAAUUCCUCAAAUUUCUAAUUGUCUUAUUGGCAUUGCACUAAAAUUGUUGAAUUGUUUCGUCGAAUGUAUGCCGUGAUGGUAGCAGCUUGCUUCGAUGUUGGUGAAAAUCUUGUAUGCAGUAGUUAGCGAUUAAAUAAUUAGCUUGACAACAGGAACUUUGGAACUGAACCCUUUCAGAACUUUUAAUAGAUUGAGUUGGUGCAUUUGGUGUCCUGUGUUCGAACAGUAAGGGAACCGGUCACAAAGUGGCAAGAUGUUUUUUUUUUAGGGUAGAGAAUAACUUAUAAAUGGGAGUUUCCUCCCUGAAAUCAUUUAGUGCCAUAACUUUUCUUUUCCCUUUAUCAUUUUGAUACAUUUGUAAAAUGUGAAUGAAUGAUUCCUUGGGUUCAGUUUUUGAGUGUGCAUCAAGACCAUUACCAAAAAAAAAAAAAGAACAAAGUCUAAGCUAACAUAAGCUACUGUGCCCAUUUAUAUAUAUUUUUUGGAGAUCCACAUAGUUUGUUAAUUUUUGUAAAAUGCCAGUACGUUCACAAUCAGACUCAAAAUGCCAGUAUAUUCUUAACUAAGCUAUACUGAUGGGCUGGUUAGCUCUUGGUGGAGCUCCUCUCCACCCAUUUAAGUGAAAGCUUUCAUGGCUAAGCCAUAACUUGGCAUUUGCCCUUAUCGAUCGAAUAGCCGGAUUUGAGUCAUCCAGUCAACGGCUCCUUCAAAAACAAUAUUUUAUAAAUCUUCCAUUGUAAUCGAGCAUACCCACGAACCAUUGAUAAUUUGAGGUUUAUGUCUACGCAAUGGAAUUAUGAAACGCCUUAAUUUCAUUAAUAACUGAAGGGCAAAUUUUGAAAUUUACCAAACGACACACUUUACCUAGCUUUUCUUGUUUUAUUCUGGAUCAACAAAUUGUGCAGUUUUAGGAGCUUUUUGUGUUUGUUUUUUACACAACUUUGCUAUGAAGGGCCAGCUUUCAUUGCCUGUUGACCAAGCUAUAAUGGUUGCAGUUACUUGCAGGCAGUUGGAAACUAGAGUCGUCUAAUAAUUGUAACCAUUUUGUUGGAAAGCAGAUUAAUUGUAGCUAACUCAGUGUCCUUAUUGUAUGUCCAUCCUUGCAUAUUUGUAUCAAUAUCAUUUGUUUUUCUCGCAAAGGUAUUAAUGGCUGAUAGAAUGUCUGAUUUACCUCAGCGGACCUCAGCGUCCCUACUACUUGAAGACACAUCCAUUUAAGGCAAUACUCAAAACACCCGUUUCAUUUAACCUUUGUCUAUCUCCCAACUUUUUGCCUUAAGAGGAAACGGUAUAGUUCAGCAGUCGCAGCACUUGUGAGAGAUUUUGUUGUUAACCUGGGAUCUCAUUUCGAUGAGAUUCAUAAGCACACAGUUUUGCUGAAAGAUGUACCAUACUGGCUUCUGGCCUAAAAAAUGAUCAUUUUCAUUAAAUAUAUUAGGAGUUUUUGCACUAGACUAUAGAAAAAAUAAAAAUUGUAUCUCUUUUUUUUUGUUUUUGUUUUUUUUGUUUAAUACACGUGUAUUUACCUGAAAUAAUUUGGAACGGCUAAUAAAACUAGAAACUCUUUGAGGAGAAAAAAAGUUAGCAGGAAAAAAAAAAUCAGUAUUGGAACACAGGAAUGAUUUUGGAAAUACAUAAAGUAAAAAAUAGUCCAAUGAUAAAUUCUUUUUGCAAAACAGGUUCGAUUAUGUCCUUAUUUUUCAGUGUCUUUAUUGAAACAUUUAGGUUGUAAAAACUUGUGUAAUGUUAUAAAUGCAAAUCUUUCUAACAAGUUAAAUAACAAAAGCACAAGAAGAUGUGCAAGAUGUAAUUCCUGAAGUGUGGUUGGAAUUGCCUUGACGUGGCAAUCUUACCUCAUGAACUAGCAGUCCUUAAAAUCUAUCGUGCUAUAUUUACUGGUACAUGAAAUUCGGGUGGGCUUUUUAGCUACGCAUGAUCCGUGCAACUAGAAUCCUGAGGUCACGUUCCAAGGCCUUGAAAUGGAAAACAUUGGAGUUUUCAAGGGGUGCUCUUGAACUUUAAAUGAUGUCCUUCACCCUGGCUUAGUGUUACUUCAUGUUUCUACUUUAUAAGCGCUAAUAGUUUAAAUUGUAAAUCUGCAAGCGAAUGAUCUAGUCAAAAAAGCUGCUUUUUGUUGUUCUCGCCAGCAGCUUGUUUUCAUAAGGCUGUUUAGAAGACCACCGGAGCCUGACUGAAUGGCUGAUCUGACAGGGCACAUAGGGAUCCCUUUAAAAUACAUUUUCAUAUUUAAAAAAAAAAAAAAAAAAAAAAAAGCUAUGCAGGAAUAUUUUCUUUUUAUCUCACAGAGUUGCAUAGUGCCACCAGAGAUAGCCCAAGAGCUUCAUUGACCGAUCACGGACCUUCAGAAGUUCAUCUGUAAAUCUAACACCGACCUCACUUGCUUGUUGGCUUCGGUUGAGAAAACGACUGCUUUGCGUGGCAUGCUGCUAUUUCUUUGGAGUCUGCAAGCAUCUUCAUCAUCUCUUUAAAGUACUACACUUUGUGACGAGUAUGUGGGAUUGUGCCUUUUGUUAUCAAGUACAUGCCACAGGGUAUGGUCUUCCAUUAACACCUUUAGUGAGCCUUAUGAAUGAACAACUGUUGUAAGUUUCAGAAAUAGCCACCAUCCACGAGGUUGCGUUUUGAGCCGUCAAAACUUGCGAUCAAAUUUGUCACAUCACCGCAAAUGAAUAAAAAAUCUUUGUACAUUUAAUUCAACCGUAAUAGCAAAACAUUUGAUCGGUUCUAGCUAGUGACCUGUUCAAACUCUGUAUGGAAAAAAACGUGUUUAGUUUUACAAAGUGUGAACUCUUUAGUGAAGUAGACGUGUGCCGUGUCGUUUUUGUGUGGUAAUGCAUUGGAGAUUAGUUGUAACCCAGUGUCUUGUAGAAUGUUGGCAUGACUCCUUUUCUCUGUUGUAUUGACGUCAAAGUAUCCACCUGAAAUGGACUGAAGUGCAAUAACUUUUUUGUGCGCCAUAGUAUCCUUAAUGGAGGAAAAUGCCCUCUUACAUUAUCCAUCAUGUUUUUUUUUUUUUUUUUCUUCCUUUAAGCAGGGUAUUUAAUUUCACUUAUUUAUUUUUAUUUUAUAUUUUUUUGGAUUGUACAAAUUUGAACUCCUUCCUGCUUUGCCUCCAUAAGUGGCACUUUCUUGUGGAAUGUACAAUGGACUUGGUGGAAACUGUGAUAGGUGUCAAAGCCUUAUCGAUACUUCUUGCUUACUGGAAAGAUGGCAUUUCUGUUUGUUCUUCGGUCGAUAGGUCAGAGAGUGCCGUUUUCCAUGAACCUUCUUCUGCGCCACUUAAAGUCAGCGUCUGCUUUUUGUGGCAUGUUAAGCAUUUGUGUAUGUGUGUGGGGGGGUGUUUAGACCUGUUCAUUUACCUCUGAUCAAUUGAUACCAAAAGCAAAGCUCAUUGCCAGGAAUUACAGUUCUUUUUCAGAUUAGAGAUUGUGAUAGCUGUAUUUGGAAAUGGUAUCUUGAAUGUUAUUGUUGUCACCAGUGAAAUAUGCAGGUUUUUAUUUCUCCCCACACAACAUUUGAACUUUGGGCCAUAUGUUCUGCGGUACCAAAGAACGUUUUAUUGCUGAUCUUUGGAUCAGGUUUUGUGUUUUGUCUGACAUCAAGAUCCCAAUAUUUGUUGUUUCAUGUCUUUGUAAAUUUUAGGAAAAUUAAAAAAAGUGGAACUUGUACCAUAACGAAACAUUCCUUUUGAAUUUCAUUGAAGAAAACAGAGAUACCAUUGGCAGCCAAUACCAGAAGUCAUAUAAUAAUCUUCAAAAUAACUUACUUUAAGCUCUUUCAUUUUGGCCUCAAGCAAUCAAUGACUUCAUAUUUGAUAUCACAGGGAGCACACUGAAUAAAGUAAUCUAGUAUUUCACAAUAUAGGACCAAUGUAUGUCUCUGUAGAGAUGGCCACUUGAAUUCAUUCAAGAACAAGCAAUACAAGUAUCAAGAGACAAUUGUAUAUUUCUAAAGAUUUGUUGGCUCUGGCUGCUUUUGGCCUGGCUAUGUAAUCUGUGGCACCUUAGGUUAACACCCUCUUCUUGUAACUGAAACCAACAUAAGAGAUUUCAGUGCUGAGAGAGCCUUAUUUCAGUCAAACUGAAUGUGAAUUGGAUGUGUGCAGGAUUUGGCCAUUUCAAAGCGACUGGCUUUAAUCGAGCGGACCUCCUGCGUUCCGUGUUUGAAUCCAGUUUCACUAGGACCCGCCGUCUUUAAGACUUUCCAAAAGAUUGCUGUUACAAAAAAAAAAAAAUAAAAUACUACACAGUGGCUACGUUUCCAUCGCCAAAAUGCAGAACCGAAAGGCUGGGAUUGAUGAAAGGCUUAUAUAUUUCUGAUAAAACAGGGUUACUGUCUCUGCUUCCAAGCUCUGCUUGAACAUGCCAAGUAUUUGACUCGGUGAUGUGACGGAAAACACAUCACGACGUGUAGGAAAUGUGACCCUGAUUAAUAAAAAAAACAAAACAAAACUGCACUAUUUACUUGAGUAUUGAACCCCAAGCUGUUCUCUGCUAAUGUUUAGACGAUGGAAAUAUAGUCACGAUCGUGUAGGGCAGCACCCGGUGUGUAUGUGUUGUGCGUGCGAGUGCGACAAACAGGGGUCAUAUCAACCCUGUAUACCUCAUCGACAUAUCUGCAAAUAUUCUUAUCCUGUCUUUAAGUUGAACGUGUAGGAGAUACCAUCACCAGCAGAAGCCUGGGACCAUUGCAGGGUCUACGACAUCACACCAAUUCCAUAUCAAACAAUAAGAUUACGACUUGCUUGCCGCUUCAAGUCUGACCCAUACCCGCAGUGUCGCCAACACAAUGGUUUAGAAUUAGCGAAACGUGAGGCAUUUUAAGUAGCAUUAUCCUACCUCUGUGUUACAGCUUGAUGCAUUGAAAUCUCCACCAGUUGUUGACAAAUGGAAAUAUAUAUGUAUAUGGAACAGAUAUAACUUAUAACCAACAAUCGGUGAUAUAGGACAACAGUUAGUGUACUCGACUGUGUGUCUGUCUGUGUGUAACAUGAUAAUUGUUAGUGUAUACACAACAGAGUACCACUGGAAUGUGAAGCCAGACUGUAUUAUGAUUUUUUUUUUUUUAUUUGAGUGUGUAUUUUUUUUUUUCUUUAUUCAAAGUCAACUUUCUCCCCAUUAUAUUUCAAAUGAUGUCAAAUGUGUCUUGCCUCUGUCGCUUCUUUUUUUUUUUUUUUUUUUUUUUUUUGACAAAACGGAGAAAAAUAUCAGCCUAUACUAGCUGGCAUUUACAUUUGUGCUCACUUUUUUUUUUUUUUUUUUUUUUUUUUUUUUUUUUCACUUUUUCUCACUUCUAAAUGUUCACUGUGAGCGCUCUGAACUCAAGUUUACAGCUCUUCAUGGUAUGUACGUGUAUUUGGUCGAGUUCAGUAGAGUGCGUGGAUGGUUGUAUGACUUUGGUACUGAAGCAACAACUCAAUUUUCUACUGGUGGUGGGGUUUGAAAGGGGGUUGGUUGGUUUGAGUUAUGCACAUUCAUUCUGUACUAAAAUAUGGGGUAUGUAGAAUUCCCUAGCCUUACACCCUUCCAAAAACACUACGCCGGUCACUGGCUAAUUUGCAUUAGCUAUCCACCACCCUGCCAACUUUGUACCUCUGUACAUAUCCAUUUUGGACCUGGGGGCACGGGGCGAAUUCGGUGGAUUCUGCCUGAAUCUGUCAGGACGGUCACGUGACCCCUCCUAGACCUGAGGAAGGAGAACCCUCACCCUUUCAACCCCACAAAAAGACCUCAAGCCAUUCAUUUCCUUAUGUGACAAUGCAAUCCUGAAAGCACUUUGCCUUGUUAAUUCAUAGUAUGAGCUUGUGAAUGGUUACUUGUUACUAACAGAUGUGAAACUCUGUACAUGUAUUUAAGUAAGAAAGAACAUAAUCAUUUUUAAUUUGAGCUUAUUAAAAAUGAAUUGGUCUCUCUGACUUCAAAGACAAAAAAAAAAAAAAAAAAAAAAAAAAUCCCAUAUGUUUUUUGUUAGUCAGGUUCAUGAACUGCUGCAGCCAGUAGGUCUUGUCAUUCAGUAUCGUGGCUUAGAAUUGGUAAUGUUGAAAUAAAAUGCUAUUGCUACAUACAA